CAGCUACGGCCAGCAUACCUAUGCGGAUUUAUGCAGUUGAGGACACGAGUCGCGAGAAAUGAGGAGUAUCCAUGACACUACAGCCCUGGCUCGACAAAUUCUGCUGACAUGUGCACAUUUCGGUCAGUGAUCGACGCCGCGCUACGCAGGGAAAUGGCCGGUCCGCCGGAGCAUCCCGAACCCCGCGGAAGUUUGUUGUUUAGUUAUGGUGAACCGGGAGGGACCCGCUUGGGCUGCGGGCAUCCCACAUUCAUCAUCAUCAACAUCCCUUCGUCCACUUGCGACGGUACCAAGCAAUGCCGAGCCCCUCCCUCUGCCCUGCGAGAUUCCCCGAGACAUCCUCAUGAGCCACUUGCGGUCGUGGCCCACCGGUCACGUUGUCUCGUUCCCAAUCCAUCCGGCUUGCCUUGCCCUGUCUGUGCCUGACCUGGCCUGCCGAAGAAUGGGGCCCCUGCCAACAAAUCAACAAAGCAGGCAUGAAUCGUCCCUCCAACCCACCACAAGGCGAGGCUGCUUGCCUCCUGCCCGGCUCGGACGAGAAAGGAAGGUCCUUAAGUGCCCUCACCACCCCCCGACCAACCAUGGUGCCCUUCACGUCCUCCAUCACGCUGCUGGUCGACUUUUGUUCGCUCGGGCCGGGGGACUAGUGGUGAGUGGACUAUGGCCAGGAGGACAAUCGUCCAUUCCGUUCACCGGGAUGAGCGGAUGCAGCAGUGCGAGUGAGGAGGACGUGCUGUUGAAGAACAGCACCAACGUACCGUUCCUACCACCGUACGAUUGUGAGACACGGCAAUGGCCUAGGCCCCCCGUGUGGUUUACAACCUGCCUUCUCCUGCCUAGUGCUGCCCGCCAAGCAAAGCAGCCAAAGUUACCGUGCUCAGCUAUGUGCCGGGCCCUGCUGUAACCACGCCGUCUCCUCCCAUCUUCUCGCAAGAUGGGCCCCUACCCAAGCCUGCUACUGCGGGUAUCUCAACUCGC